GGUCAUAAUAUCCCGUCGCGAUUGUCGUACAUUAUUUUGAUCUCCUUUUAUGUUUUGUUUUGGUUGGCGUGGGUUAUUGGAACAAAAUGGUUCACUUGACUACAGUUCUGUAAUAGUUUCUUCUGAAUAUUUUACCAUCCUGCAUUAAUUAAGCGAAUUCAGGUCUCAGUGGUAGGUUUAGAAAGCAGUAAAUGCGCGAAGAAAAUAUGCAAGGGGUACAGUAGGCUGAGCUUCGUGACGUCGAUCUUCAAGUUUCGUUUAAGUGCCUUCGGGAAGACAGAUAUUUCCGAGUCUGUGUUAUUUUUAAUUCAGUUUUUUAGCUCUUCCGUCGCUGUAUAUGUUGUAUUCGAUGUCCCAACAAUGCAGACUGGGUAUAGUGACAUAGGAUUUGUCCAGCAAAUUCUCAGUUUGAAUUUGGUCCCAAGAGAAAAUGGCACUAAGUGUGGUAACGACACAUCGCUUUGCGACUUUUCAGAGAUGUGGUACGGAGUGUUCUUAUGGACCGUGGUUUCUUCCUUGAUGUUUCACCUUCCUGCCGCCCUCCUGGCACUGGGCACCCUGCGGCAGCAUCGCGUGGCGCGUUUCAUGCCCAUUGCCAUCAUGCUGAUGAGCAUCGUGGGCCCACUCUGCGGGGGCGUCCUCACCAGUGCUGCUAUAGCAGGAGUGUACAAAGCUGCUGGGAAGACGAUGAUCUCCCUGGAAGCCCUGGUGUUCGGAGUGGGCCAGUCCUUCUGCAUACUCGUCAUCUCCUUCCUCAGGAUCCUGGCCACGCUAUAACACUGGCAGAUGAGGCACCCAGACCCACUGUGGGCCUUUACUUCCAGAUCUGGCUGUUCUGUCAGUGCCCCGACUCCUUCAGCUGGAUUCUGUUCUUGCCCUGAGCGAAUAGUUCAGUCCUUCGAACCCGCGGUGGGUGUGUAGCGACUGACACCGCAUGCUAAUCAUACCCACCGUGCAAGUCGGGGCUUGUUUGUUCCUGGUUUAGCACACAGCUAUUUUGCAGGGUCAUGAUGUGGAGUGGAACCACGGCUCAUUUUAGAACCAUCCACGAUCUCUCAGGUAUCAUGAGCUGGAUUUGUUUCUCCCUGGGAUGUGCUUUUCUUAUUUUAUAGGCUAGUGGCCAUUAGACUGCAGCUGUAGACCAGCAUUAUAUAUCAUAAAGUGGGAGAGAAGCUCGUUGUAAGCCUGACCAGAGUGGAGUGUCCAAAGGCAUUGUCAGAUGUUUGGGGCUUAAACAUGUAUUUUUACUAAUGAAACAAUAUCAGGUGUUGUCACUGAUCAGGUUUUCAAAUGCCGGACCAUGAGCUACAAUUUCACACGAUGUACCUCACAUGAGAUUUCCUAUGUUUUUGUCUACGUGGAUGAUGGUGUUUGAUUAGCACCAACUAACCAAACAAGGCUGAUUAUUUCUUUGAGGUGACAUUUCUUUCUGGCACUAAAACCUUAAAAUCCCCAAACUAUACAUACAUACAUUUAUGUAUGAUGUUUUAUCCACGGGAUAAUUGAGUGUUUUUUGAAAUGGAUGCUUGAACUGCAAAGAAGUAUUCUGUGUGGAAUCUAUUUCUUUAUUUUUCUUUCCAUAAUUAACUUAUUUGUUUCCAUUUAUUAUGCAGACCUUCUCAAAUGGUGCCUUUAUUCAAUGACUGAUAUUUGUAAUCUGUUGUAAUUUUUUAAAUGUUCAUUUAUUGUUAAAUAUUGAUAUUUUGAAAUAACACAAAUUGUGAUCUAUGUAAAACGAUAUUUUUUUAAAACUUACCGAAAUAACUAAUUUAGGUUGAAUUAGCUUAAUUUGAAACAAUGUUCUUAUUAUUUCCAGCCAGGUUGCUAAAUGCAAGAUUUUGCAAAUUAUAAUCACAGAAAUUCUUGAGUUUUUGUUUGCUGUUCCGUUAAUUAUAAAUGGGUUUAAUUUUACAGUAAUAUCCAAACAUAAGGGGAUUACAGUUUUUUUUUGCACUUAAAUAUUUUGCCUUUGAAAGCAGCUUUUGAGCAAUUCAUAUUAUGGCAUGUUUUGGACCAGAAUUAUGCAAAUGUUAUAAUGUGUAAGUAAAUGUCUUUUAUUUA